GGUUUAUGCGGUGGUUGCCAUUGAUCCUUACGGCAACUGUCGGAUUAUGUUGGGGUGCCGGUCCGCUAACCGUGGUUAUUGAUCUCAACGAAAAAUUUCUUGAUGUUAGCAAUGAGGGAAUGUGGAUAGUGAAGUUCUACGCACCAUGGUGUGCCCACUGCAAGCGUUUACUUCCCGUUUGGGAACAUCUAGGAUAUGCUGUCAACGACAAAAAUCUACCAGUACGGGUCGCAAAGAUGGAUUGCACUAGAUUCACAUCUGCAUGCAAUAAAUUAUCUAUUUCUGGAUAUCCUACAGUGAUAUUUUUCCGACAAGGUCGACGAAUAGAAUACCACGGAGAGCGUACCAAAGAAGCUCUCUUCAACUUUGUAGUGAAAAGCUCUGCUCCUAUCGUGGAGAAAGUGAAUGCUGUGAGGCUUAAUGACAUAAGGAGAGACUCUCGCAACGACCCCGCUUUUCUUAUUAUCGGUGAUGAGGAGGACGACAUGCGGGAAGAGUUCGACGCUAUCGCUGACGAAUUGUUCUCUAAGACAAGAUUUUUCUCGGCUAGUCCUGUUGCUGUACCAACGUCCUUACGCGAAUCUGGAGCGCGCGUUGCAGUGUUCAAAGAUGACGCCUUCUUUCCAUAUCAUGGAACUGCAGAAGGGCUGAAGCGAUGGGUUAUGGCAGAGCGGUGGUCAUUGAUGCCCCGCGCUACACCCACUAAUAUCGCUGAAAUCGGAAGUAAUGGGAAGCUGACUGUACUUGUUGUAUGCACUGAGUUAGACAGACUUAACCAGUCAUCCCCCAUAGGAAUGUUUUGCGAAAUGGCCAGAGGAGCUGCUGAAGAUUUGAGAAAGAACGAAUACUUGUAUUCGCGUUAUCAGUUCGCGUGGUUAGAUGGGCCCGAAGUUGCUACCAACAUCGUAAUGGGAAACAUGGAGCCUCCAAAUAUAAUGGUGUUCAACUAUUCUACUUAUGAGUUUUACCUAAGCGAUGAUGAACCUCAGAAAAUGACGAGAGCAUCUAUAGUCACUUGGCUCAAUCAAUUAGCUGAUGCCAUCGAGAAAAACACAGCGGUUGCUCAAGGAGGUCGCUCCUGGCCAGUAAGAAUAAAGCGAAUGUUUUAUGAACUUUACUCGAAUGUUGCACAAAUGUUUGCUACGCAACCGCUUUUGUCGUCUUGCCUCUUUGGUGUGCCAAUAGCUUUUCUCAGCAUCAUCUGUUACAGUAUCUGCUCCGCUGACUUCACAGUAGAUCGCGAAGAGUUUUAUCCUGAAGACGAAGAUGAGGAUUACGAUGAAGCAGUAGAAGAAGACGAACGAGCACAGCUAGUUGAUCCAAGCCAUGCAAAGAACGAAUAGUAUUCUCAAUCUAUCUCCAAGUACUAGUCAAGUAGCCCAAGUUUGCUCAGUAUCUAGGUCUUGUCAAUCCAUUCUUUGGUUGUACAUAGUAACUUCUUUUUUUGCUGUUUUGGCGUUCAUCGUUAUUGAUCUCGUUUGUAUAAUUUUCAAAAUUUGUUCAGCGUAACACUGGAUUUACUGAUCAUUUUUGUAAUCAAAUAUAAAUUUCUUUUAUUCCAAACAGUAGUCCAGGC